AUGAAGGAGAUGGCGUCGAGGAUUUCAAAGCGCAAGGCUGAGCCGACGCCGUUCCCCGGGAAGAAGCUUCGAUCGAUUCCAUCUCGCCGGAAGAGAGCUCAGAUAUCUCCAGUUUCUAUCCAGCCACCUCUCUGCCACAAGGAAGUAGGAGUAUCCGCUGCUUCCGUUGAUUCCUGCUCCAAUUUGCUCUCUGCAGUCGACGACAACGUUUCAUGCGGUUCUAGCAGAGUCGAGAAGAGCUUCGGGAAGAAUCGAAUUGAAGAGGAAGAAGUUUCUCGACCUGGUAAAGAUGUAAAGAAGGAGACGAUCGCUGAUCCGAAGUUUCGGAGGAUCACUAGAUCAUACUCUAAGCUAACCAAGGAGAAGAUCAUAGAUGAGACUGAAGCAAGCGAAUCGUCCUUCACACGAUCCGACGUGACAUUCGCCGAGAGUAAGGAGAGCGACGUCGUUUCAUUCGUUUCGGCGGUGGAGUCUUGCUCGAAGCUCGGAGGCGAUAACGAAGAAACCGAAAUCUCCAAACGGAGCGGAUUCAUGGAAGAGGUAAAGGAACUGAAGCCGGAGGUUGAGACAGUCGGAUGCGUCUCCGAUCUCGCUUGCACGGAGACGUUCUCCGGCGAAGAUGUUUCGGACGAUUACGAGGAUGAUUUAUCGGAGCAGCGUUCCCAGAUAUUUUCGCAGUCCUCCGACCUCGAUUCAUCGGAUUACACUCCGUCAAUGUACUUCGAUUCCGGAAGCCAAUUCUCUGAGAAAUCUAGCUCUGGUUCUCCAGUUUCACAUACUCGCUCUCUGUACCUUCAGUACAAGGAACAGUUCUGUAGAUCCACGAUUCCCAACGGUUUCGAAUCUUCUCGCCAUGAUCAAAACCGUGAAAUUCACUCUGAACUGGUAAGAUUUGAAGAUGAAGAGGUGGAAGAGAGCUAUCAAAUGCUGAGGGAAAGAGAGAGAAGCCAUGCGUAUUUGCGUGACUGUGCUAAGGCUUACUGCUCCAGGAUGGACCACGCUGAUUUCAUCCCUCGUCUACGCUUGAUCAUGGUUCGAUGGAUUGUGGAGCAAUGUUCUGACAUGGGGUUUCAGCAAGAGACCUUGUUUCUAGGAGUUAGUCUGCUGGAUCGAUUCUUGAGCAAAGGAUCCUUCAACAGCGAGAGGACUCUAGUACUAGUCGGGAUUGCGAGUCUUACUCUGGCCACCAGGAUUGAAGAAAACCAACUUUACAAUAGCAUCCGGAAAAGGAACUUCUACAUUGAGAACCUAAAGUAUAGCCGUCAUGAAGUGGUGGCAAUGGAGUGGCUGAUUCUAGAAGUCCUCAACUUCAAAUGCUUCUCACCCACAAUCUUUAACUUCUUAUGGUUUUACCUAAAAGCUGCUCGAGCUAAUCGAGAAGUUGAAAGGGUAGCCAAAUCCUUUGCCGUUGCGUCACUGUCCGAUCACACACAACUCUGUUUUUGGCCCUCGAGUGUAGCAGCCGGACUCGUAGUUCUUGCCUGCAUCAAACACAACAAAAUCUCAGCCUACCAACGAGUCGUAAAGGUUCAUGUUAGAACAAAAGAUAACGACCUGCAUGAAUGCGUCAAGAGCCUGGAAUGGUUCCUUGGGCAGUAAGCAAUCAACAACAACAAAUACCCCCCCAAACCAGAACACAGUAUACUCCCCAUACGAACUCACAGGUUAUUAUUACCAUUUAUUAAACAAAUAGUAUAUAAUUGGUAUAAACUAAGCAAUGCCUCUACAGAUUUAUAUACUUGAUCUCUGGACUUUUUAGCUGUUGUAUUGGCAUACUAAUACCCAAUUAUUUGUGUCGCCACCAAAAUUUAUUGCUUAUU